GUAUAUUUCCUGUUGUUCGGUUUUUGGCUUUUUUUCGUUAUUCCCCCAUUAUAAUAAUCAAAGUGAUGAGUUUGAAAUGGGUUAAAAAGAAAACCUGGAAGUGAAAAAUGUAAUUUUUUUAAUUAUUAUUAUUGUAUAAUUUUGUGGAUGUAAUAGGUAUUUUUGAAGUAGUUCAAAAAUGUGAAUCGAAAAUGGAGGCUCAUAAUGUUAUAUGUUUAAUACAACAGAGUUGAUGUGAUGUGCUGUGUAAUAAUAUCUCAAUUGUUCAAAAGGAUUAUUAAUUUGUGUUUUUUGAUGAUGCCAGAGUAAAACAGAAGAAAAUGUUCACAAUGUGUUUAUGCCAAAUUUCAAAUCAUUAAGGAAAUUACUCAUUAUAAACAAGAGAAACUUUUGAUCUGUUUGGUAUACAGAUAUAAGCAUGGUCUCUAUGGCUGGAAAGGAACAUGUGUCCACAUUGUUUUUGGCAGAAUAUAAUGAUACUUGGAAAUUAGUUAUGAAAUCAUUAGUUGAAGACGCUAAAAUGAAAAAAACUGUUGCUUCUAAAUUGAAAAGAAAAGAUGCCUAUGUCAGGGUUAAAUAUAAAAAGAAGAAACGAGUAUUUUUAGGAAAGGAUUGUGCAAAGGCUUUCACGCCACCUGACAAAAAGGAACUUAAAGAUGAGAUAGCAGACGUCCAGUCUGAAAUGGACAUGAUAGAUGUCUCUGAUGGCAGUCAGAACAACCCAAAGACUAAACAGAUGUCCAUAGGGAAGAAGAAAUUUAAUAUGGACCCCAAAAAGGGUAUAGAAUAUUUGAUAGACCAUCAGCUUCUACCCAACACACCUGAAGAGGUUGCUAAAUUCCUUUUCCAAGGUGAAGGACUUAACAAGACUGCCAUCGGAGACUAUCUUGGUGAAGCAAAAGAUUUCAAUAUAUCUGUACUGAAAGCAUUUGUGAACCUCCAUGAGUUUUCUGAUAUGAUACUAGUACAAGCUUUACGACAGUUCCUAUGGAGUUUCCGUCUGCCAGGAGAGGCACAGAAGAUAGACAGAAUGAUGGAAUGCUUCGCUGAAAGAUAUUGUGAAUUAAACCCAGGGAUGUUCACCAGUACAGAUACCUGUUAUGUCUUGUCAUUUGCUAUCAUUAUGUUGAAUACAACUUUACACAACCCUGCAGUAAAAGACAAACCAUCUGUUGAAAGAUUUAUAACUAUGAAUCGGGGCAUAAAUGAUGGUGUGAAUUUGCCUGAUGAACUUCUUAAGAGUCUAUAUGAGAGUAUAAAGAAUGAACCAUUUAAAAUCCCAGAAGACGAUGGAAAUGAUCUCAUGCAUACAUUCUUCAAUCCAGACAAAGAAGGCUGGCUAUGGAAACAAGGUGGUCGUGUUAAGAACUGGAAGAGGAGGUGGUUUAUUCUCAAUGACAAUUGUCUUUACUAUUUCCAGUUUACAACAGACAAAGAGCCUAAAGGAAUUAUACCUCUAGAGAAUAUACAGGUCCGUGAGGUACCAACAGAGAAAGCGAACAAACCUAAUUGUUUUGAGCUGUAUACACCAGUACAAGACAUCAUCAAAGCAUGUAAAAUGGACAAAGAAGGCAAAGUGGUAGAAGGAAAACAUAGUGUAUAUAGGAUGUCUGCAGCCACUAAAGAUGACAAAGAUGAAUGGAUCAGAUGUAUAAAAGCUAGUAUUAGUGAAAAUCCAUUCUAUGACAUGCUGGCAGCUAGAAGGAAGAAGGUGCUACACCAAAAAUAAAGACAUCUUUAUAAAAAGAUACAUGUAUAUAUUGUAAAUAUAGGUGUAUAUUUAUGUAACUCACAGUUGUAUAUCAGGUUUAUUGUUUAGAAGCUUUUAGACCUGUAUAGUCAUGUACAGCUUUUUUAUAACUGCAAAUGUUCGAGACAUUUUAUAAAUUUAUGGAAAAAACCUUGUCUUCCAUUGUGAUACAGGUUGCCUUCAGAUUCUAAUCAAUUGUGAUAAAAGGCCAAAAUAUAAAAUAGAUAAGUGUGUUUCUGGUCUCUCAAGCUUUGUUAUAUAUGUAUAUCCUUAGAGUUCGUUGACAAUUUUUGGUAAAGUAUUUAAAAGUCAUUAUUUUCAUUAUUUUUUUAGAAUAAAUAAGUAGGAUUUCUUUUAUUAGCUAUUAAAACAAAAAUAACAAAAUAGAUCCUUUCCUAUUUUUUAAAACUGAAAUCUGAAACAUGCUUUUUUGAGUUUGUCUUAAAUUCAUACAUUCUUGGUAAAAAAAAUUACUGAUAGCAGAGAAACUCAGGAAUCUAGUUAUUAUUAUCUUAUGUUAAGAUAAACAUCAUAUGAAUUUUAUGUUCAUGGAAAAGUUGAAUGGUAACCCAAGUUGUUUCUCAUAAAAGCAGUUAUUAAACAGUGCAGUUGUUUUAUUUUUAAUUAUGUAUAUAGAUAUUUGUUUAACCAUGAAUAUUAUAUCAUUAAUGUUGGAAUUUGACUCACAGAGAACAUCAGACUCUGCCAAUUCAUUACAUUGAGUACAAAUGAAUUAUUUAAAAAACAAGUCUAUCACUGCUUAAAAUUGCUAAACAAAAUUUCAUCAUGCUUGAUUGUUUUUUUUUUCAAUUAUCUACCCGUCUCAAGAAGAGAUUAUUACAUUUUACACAUCAAGUUGUAGAAUCUGAUUAAAAUUUCUAUGGUACUUUUGACGUUUUGUAGAGUGGUAGGAAUUCUUGUAGAUAGUUUCUGUGUGAUUUCUCUGAUAUAGAUGAUGAGAAGUAUGAUAUUAUUUUUCAGGGUAACAUGUUCAUUGUUAACUGGCAGUUUCUGAAUCUAAAGGACUCUGGGUAAUUUUAUUGUUUGAACCCAAAAAUGAAAAUAACGUUACGUCAUUGGUUGAAUUUCCAUUGUUGAGGACGGUUUUGACCAAUCACGACAUCUUGUUAUACACUUUUGUAAAUAUUAACCAGAAUACAUUAGAUUCUGAAACGGCAAAUUAUCUUCUAUACAACCAAUUUAUGUGUUAUUCAAGUUUUUUGGUGACUAGUCAGUUCAAUUAAGGUUUUAUCAAGAGAUAUUCAAACAGUGUUGAAGUCAUUGUUCAUAGUUUUCAACAUAAUUUAAGUGUGAGUUAAUCACCUUGGUCACCAUGUUGGAAGGCAAACUGGUUGAUUUUUCUUUUUAACUAACCAAAUUAAAACAUGUGAUAUAAGUAAGUCUGAUAAGAGAAGCUUGCUUGUUUGUAUUUAUAAAUUAUACAAGGCUUACACAAAUCAAAACUGUUUAGAUAUCUACCUUUUUUUUUUGAAGUCGGGCUGACCUCAAAGAUUCAUUGGACAAUAGCAAUAAAAUUUAAGAAGAAUUGACAACUUAAACAAUUAUUGCUUAGUAUAUAAAUGAUUUCUAGUGUUAGUGGUUAACUUUCGUAAAAUAGGGCCAUAGUAAAACAUGAUAGAAAAUCUCACCAAAAACAUGACAAUGACAUUACAAUAUUCAUCUUAAUCAUGGGAACUGCAGAAAGUUGUAUAGAAUUCACUGUAAGAUCAUGAAAUGAGGGGAAAUAGCCAUAUACUGUUCUCCGAAGACUUUUAUUAAAAGAACUGGACAAGAAAUAUGGUUUCCAAAUAAUUUAUAACAAAACCCUAUUGUUAGUUGGUUGAGAUUUUCUUCUGUUUACAAAUAUGUAGAAAUUCUCUAUUUCUUUCAAGUAUUAGCAUGAUUUGCUCACAAUGUAAUAUACUCAUAUAUAACCUAGUCAUAAUACAUGUUAUAAUAUAUUGUGGAAUUUUGUAAGCGUCUGUAUUUUGUAAGUGUCUGUAUGUUGUGAGCUUUUAAUUAUCUGUUGAAAGUUUUUUUUGUGUAUAAGGAAACUGUUUGAAUAUUUGUACUUUAGUACGUUGUGAAUGUGUAAAUGUCUUGACUAAGAGAGAAAUAAUGAUAAUGUGUGAAAAUGAACGUGUUUAAUUGCUGAAUAGAAUGUAUUAAUGUAAUAUUAUAAGUGUCCCUUAGUGAUUGGUACUAAAAUAAUAAAUUUAGUUUUUUUUUUUUUUUAAAUGCAAAUGAAUUUAUAAAGGUAAAGAACUGAAAUGAAUUAAGAUGUGAGUUACCAGUUCCAAUUGAAAUUAUAUAAAGUAUUAAACAAUAGGGAUCAUUUCUUAAAAUAGGAUUAAGUAGUAAUGGACAAGUGUGUCAAGCUGGUUGAGUCAAUGAUUUCUGUGUGUAUGAAAGGAAAGUAAGUAAUGGAAAAUACAUAUUUUCAAAAAUGUGAUAAAGUUUUAUAGUUUGAAAGUUACUGAAUAAAAGUUGUGUGUUCAUUGUUUGUAAAUGUAAUAAGUGUGCAUUAUACACAAAAGUGGGUUUAAUUAUAACAUGGAUAUUUUUAUUGUUGUAUUUUAUUAAACCUGUAUUGAACAUAAUCUGUCACAGAAGUAGUGUAAAUUCAUAUGCCAGUACUCAAGUUAUAAAUAAGUUUUGUACCAGAAAUUAAAACAAUUAAAAAAUUACAAGAACAGACUGGUGCAUUCAGUUGUAAUUACGUUAUAUUUAAAAAUUGUAAUAUUUCUAUAAUGAAGGUCUGAAAAAAAUAUGUGUAAAAACAAAUCCCCCCCAAAAAAAACUUACACAAACUGGCUUUACAAAUAGAACUAAUUUAAUGGUAUUAUUCAAUAACUAUAGCCACUCACAAGAUCUCAUUAUUUCAUUUUAUCUGUGUAUUUUGAUUAACCAUGUUCAACUAAUGAGUAAGCAUUACACAGAUUUUAAUAAUCAUUUUCAUUUUAAUGUCAUCGUAGUAAGGCAUAAUUCAUUAUUCUUUGGAUUUUAUUUGAUUUUAUAAGACACAAUAGAUGAAGUCACUCAUAUAUCAGGGAAUACAUAAAAAGAUAUAUUUCAUUAUUCUCUGAAUUUUAUUUUAUUUUAUAAGAUACAGUAAUUGGAGAAAAUCAUUUUUAAAUAAGUAUACAAAUAAUAAAGAAAUUUGAAAUGUUAUGCAAAUGUAAUCAUGAAAAAUAAAGAUGAUCCAAUCUUA